AACGAAAGGAAAAGUGCAAAAAAAAACAGUUGCGCUCGCUCGAGGCCAGAAGGUUAAACAAGAUUUGCAGCUACCGGAACUGAUCCGGUGUGAUAACUUCUUCUGAAGUGGACUUGGUCAAACUGUGAACGCAUCGGAACCGGUGACAGCCUCGAGCCCAAAACAAUAGAGACGCAAAAGAAAUGAUGAAUGGGAAGAGCCGCCUGCAGCAGGUCCAGGGGGACGUGGAGGAGGUCAGGGACAUCAUGUUGGACAACUUCAACAAGGCUGAUGAGAGAAAUUACAAACUGGUUGAACUGGAGGACAGGGCUGAUGAGCUGCUGGAAAUGACUAAAAGGUUUGAAAAGACCACUUCCAAGGUGAAGCAAAAGAAAAGAUGGGGGAAGAAGAAGAUGAAGUUUGUGUUUAUCGGCAUCGGCGCGACUGUGGCAGUCGUCAUUCUCGGAUUAAUAAUCUAUUUCAUUGUGCCUGGCACACAGUAGCUGCUCCGAUGUUGAAAAUUAAACAUGUUUUUGUGGGUUUAGCAUGAAGUGAAAAAAAAAAAGACGAGUGCAAACUAUGAGACUUGAGCAUCUCGCCUUAACUGCUAAAUCUGUGUUAUUUUUGUUUUCAAAGAUAUUUAUUGGUUUCUUUUUUUGUCUUCAGUUAAAACGGUACCAAUUCACUUCUCAAAGGUCAUGUCUCUGUAAGGCCCACGAUGGGAGAACACAUUUGUCUUGGAUCUUAAAAGUGAGAUAUAAUACAUAUAUAUAUAUAUGUAUAAUUGUUUUUA